AGCAUGCGCAGUGAGAGUGAGCAACAGCGCCUCGGAAAAACAACAACAAUCACCACAGCGGAGCCAGGAGAAAGAGAUGGCUCCUUGAAGCUCGACCCUUGUGGCCCUCAUCCUAGCACGUAACCCAGCCCCACCCGCUGCCAUUUCUACCGGAGCUGUAUAUGCCGAUGUUGUCGAGUCCAUGAACUUGGCCAGUCAAAGCGGGGAUGCUGGCGGAAGCCAGCUUCUCUUCGCCAACUUCAACCAGGACAACACGUCCUUGGCUGUUGGCACUAAAUCAGGAUACAAGUUUUUCUCCCUGUCCUCUGUGGACAAAUUGGAGCAGAUAUAUGAAUGUACGGACACGGAGGAUGUGUGCAUCGUGGAGCGCCUGUUCUCCAGCAGCCUGGUGGCCAUCGUGAGCCUAAAAGCGCCCAGGAAGCUCAAAGUCUGUCACUUCAAGAAGGGAACCGAGAUCUGCAACUACUCCUAUUCCAACACUAUACUGGCAGUCAAGCUCAACAGACAGAGGCUGAUAGUGUGUCUGGAGGAGUCCCUUUACAUUCACAACAUCCGUGACAUGAAAGUGCUGCACACCAUCAGAGAGACUCCACCCAACCCUUCAGGAUUGUGCGCCCUUUCCAUCAGCAACGAUAACUGUUACCUGGCGUACCCGGGCAGCGCUACAAUAGGAGAAGUCCAGGUGUUCGACACAGUCAACCUGCGAGCCGCUAACAUGAUUCCGGCCCACGACAGCCCAUUAGCAGCUCUGGCUUUCGACGCCAGUGGAACCAAAAUGGCCACGGCCUCGGAGAAGGGCACAGUCAUUCGAGUCUUCUCCAUCCCAGAGGGACAGAAGCUCUUUGAGUUUCGGAGAGGAGUCAAGAGGUGUGUGAGCAUUUGCUCGUUGGCGUUCAGCAUGGAAGGGCUCUACCUGUCUGCUUCCAGCAACACAGAGACGGUCCAUAUCUUCAAAUUAGAGACGCAGAAGGAGAAGUAUGUGCCAGCGGAGGAGCCCACCACGUGGGGAGGGUACCUGGGCAAAGUCCUGAUGGCGUCCACCACCUACUUGCCUUCUCAGGUUACGGAAAUGUUCACCCAGGGGCGAGCCUUCGCUACCGUACGUCUGCCUUUCUGUGGACAUAAGAACAUCUGCGCCUUAGCUGUAAUUCAGAAGAUUCCAAGGUUGUUGGUGGCAGCUGCUGAUGGCUACCUGUAUAUGUACAACUUGGAUCCACAAGAGGGAGGGGAGUGCACACUUAUGAAGCAGCACAGGUUGGAUGGCAGUGCUGAGCCAGCCAAUGAGAUCCUUGAGCAGUCACAUGACCGCCCUCUUAUGGCCCAAACCUACAGUGCUGCUGCCACUAAAGGUUACUGUGAAGAGCAGGGAGCCGUGGGAGGGGCGGGGCUAGAAGAUGACCUCAACGACCUGCGCCUAGAGGAAGAGAACGAGCAACCGCCACUCAUCCUUGAAACUGACUGACUUAGUACCUACCAAUCAGAGGGCUCCUCUGGUGCUGCUACGAACGUGUGACACAAGGAGGGCAGGGGCGGGAUCAGAGACAGAAGGGGGGGUGUUUUUAAACACUCCAAAGUGUUCGAGAGUCUGUCUGUUUGUGCGUCUGUCCGUUCACAUACAUGUCCAUUUUUUCUCCCUCCCUCCUGCCUCGGGCCCCCCCUUUUUUCUCAGUUGGCCUGCGCAGGUCAAACUGAUGCUUUGCAUGUACAUGUGCCAACUGCUAAAAACGUGUGUGUGUGUGUGUGUGUGUGUGUGUGUGUGUGUGUGUGUGUGUGUGUGUGUGUGUGUGUGUGUGUGUGUGUGUGUGUGUGUGUUGGACGUUUGAAUAAAAGAAAUGUAGCUGUGUCUUCACUUAAGACACACAGACGCAAGCACUGUGUAUAAUGAAAGUGUUUGUGUAAGUGCCUCUGCUUCAGCGCCGUGCUUUUCUUCUGUUUGAGGGGGGGGGGGGUUGCAUUGGCUAAAAAAUCUUCCAGAAAAUCUAUAUUCAGAUGUCGGAUCUUAAUCGACUGUGUACCCUUUUUUUUGGGCCUGAUCUGGCUCAAGUUUAACCUCCAAAGAUUGAUUUAAGAGUGUUUGUGCGCUUGUGCUGAGAACUUGUGAGUGUGUGUGUUGGGCAUGUACAUCAGCAAAACACUGAGUGAUUAGCCUCCUCUUGUCCCCAAAACGUCCCCCCCCCCCUCCUUCUCAGGCCUGCGGCCUUUGAUUUGAUUUUUAAACUCCAGUAGUGAUGUUUUUUUUCUUAAAGCUACGUAACCGAUCAUAGCCAACAAUGUGUCAUGCGUAAGGAAACAAACAUGCAUGGUGUUGUCAACGUGGUACUUUGUCCAUACAUCAAAGACAUUCGUGAGGGUCGGUGGAGAGAGGCAGGAAGCCGUCGGCGACGCGUGGUCAUUGACGACCUCCUCGCUGUAACUCUACUCUGUACAUUACCAGACGCGGAGGGAUGUCGUCGGGUUAUGGCCGAAGACGCUCAGAGGGAGAACUGGGUGUGUGUUUUA